GUGGACUGCAUCGUCUUCCCUCUUUCACCUUUCAUCUGUUUAAUGUCUAGAUGAGUGGAUUCAAUUCUUCAUUGAAGAAUAAAUAAAGACCAUCAUUCAUUGAAGUUAACAAUGGCCAACUAGAGAGAGACAAGUUAGAGACUGGUUUAGUUAUCAUAAUUGAAAGGAAAGAGAGCAACUCCGUCGGAAACCUUUUGCUGCGGAUCUUCCUAUUAUUCCAGGUUAUUAUUGUUUGAUUUAAUAUGGGGGAACCAGAACCAGCUAAUAUGAAUCCUCCUCCAAUGAACAAUUGGAAGAUCGACAUUAUAAGGGGGCUCAGUGAAACACCUCCAAUAUCUUCGACUUGGAGCAUCUGCAAAGUUCCCAUGAACCUUCGAUCGGUAAAUGAAGACGCUUACACUCCUCACAUUGUCUCAAUUGGACCAAUCCACCAUGGAGAGAAAAAGGUUUUUCCUAUGGAGGAUCACAAACGGCGGUACGUACACUCCCUCUUCAAGCGUACGAAACAACCUAUAGCAAUUCUAGAGGAUUGUUGCGAUACCAUCGUAGGUCUUGAUGAAGAUGUCCGUGCUUGCUAUAUAGAACCAAUCCUGUAUGAUAAACACAAGCUUGCAAAGAUCUUAUUACAUGAUGCAGGGUUUAUGCUUGAGCUUUUCUUCAGAUACUCUGAAAUGGGGUCAAAAGUAGAAAAUGAUCCCAUAUUCACGACUUCUUGGAUGAUCAUGACGCUGCAGCGUGACUUGGCGCUUCUGGAGAAUCAGAUUCCUUUCUUUGUUCUAAAAUCUGUGUUCCAGCAUAUAGCACCGCGUGGUGCAGCUGGUCUUCCAACGCUCAAAGAGCUUGCUCUGCAGUUUUUCAAGUCAAUUUUGAAUAUCAGUGAAGAAGCAUUCGUCGCAAAAUGCAGGCAGAAGGGCAACCACUUGCUUCACAUGUUGCACAAUUGUUAUCUUCCUUCAAAUCCUAUAGAUUCAAGAAGCAAGGGAGCAUGGGAAUUCAUACGUUCUGCAACAUCACUCUCUCAGGCUGGGGUAGUGUUUCAAAAGGGUGCGACAAAUGACUUGUUCGACUUAGAAUUCCACAAUGGCACAUUCAAAAUUCCACCUCUGCGCGUUCAUGACUCUACUGAUUCACUCUUCAGGAACCUUGUAGCAUUCGAACAAUGUCAACAGGACAGCAAACAUUAUAUUACAUCAUACAUCAUGCUCAUGGAUAGACUGAUCGAUACAGCAGAUGAUGUCAAGUUGCUACAGCAGGAGCAAAUCAUUCUCAAUGAUUUGGGUGAUGGAGAUGAUGUUUCAAAUCUCUUUAACAAUAUCUGCAAGCAAAUAGUUCUGAAAGACUUUUACUUUGCAGGAUUAUGCAAUCAAGUUAAUGCCUACGCUAAGACCCGUUGGCAUCGUUAUAUAGCUUCAGCGAGACGGGACUACUUUAACAAUCCAUGGAGUAUUACGUCCUUCGUGGCUGCCGUUCUACUUAUUGUUCUUACUCUCUUGCAGACCCUGUAUUCUUUACUUGCUUAUUACAAAAGUUGAUACUUGUUCUGCACUUUGUUCUGGAAAUACUUGUCGUUUGUUCAUGUUGAAUAAUCAAAUGUUCAAGUCUUAGAAUUUUUU